AUGGCCAUGCCUUUUUGGAAUCAGAAAUCAUGCCUAGAUUUGGCUGUUGAAUCGAGCAACAAGGAGUUCCUCAUGGAGUUCCUGGCCCAACAAGCGUGUCGAAAUACAGUAGGAGAUAUCUGGAAUGGUCGUAUGAAAGACACGUUAAAAGAGAAUCGCUUUGGAUAUUCAGGCAUAAACAAGAUCAAGUGCUUCUUGGACAAAAUGCAGUCUCCGAAAAGGAAAUUCGCCGUUAAUGUGAUCUCGUAUUUGGUGUUUCUGUGCCUGUUCGCGUAUGUGCUGUUGUUUGAUCUCACGAACACUGUAUCGACAAAGGAAUUCGUGUUAGUAACAUGGGUACUAACCAUAUUGGUUGAAGAAAUUAGACAGAUGCAUAAGAUAUAUCACAUGCCUGGUUUUGAGAAGGCUAGUUCAUGUGUUCAGCGGAUCAGAAAAUUGAAGAAUUACUUUUCGGAAGGAUGGAACUGGAUCGAUAUGUUUACGAUCGUCAUGUUUUUACUUGGAUUUGGACUGCGAUUCAAACAAUCUCGAGACACGUUUGAUUGGCCAAGAGUCGUGCUUGCUGUCGAUUUUGUCGCGUUCGUCUUCAGACUCGUGCACAUAUUCUCUGUUGAGAAAACCCUUGGCCCUAAACUUAUUAUAAUUCAACGGAUGGUAAAGGACCUUUUGUAUUUCUUGGUUAUUAUGGCUGUGUUUGUAUUGGCUUACGCCAUUGCCUCGCACUCCAUUCUCUAUCCCGGUGCUCCAGUUACUUGGGAAACUGCCAGACAAAUAAUUAGGAAGCCUUACUUUCAUCUUUAUGGAGAACUUUUUCUAGACGAGACUGAAGAGUCAACGGAUUGUACAAAUGACGCUAGCCUAUGGACGAACGGAACAACUCCACGCUGCCCAAGUGAGGCCGGCAAGAUUGUGGUUCCCAUCAUGAUGGGAGUUUACCUGCUGUUUUCCAAUAUCCUGCUUCUUAACCUUCUUAUUGCAAUGUUUAGUUACACAUUUACAACAAUCCAUGAGCAAUCAGACAAGAUUUGGUGUUUCCAGAGAUACUUUAUUAUCAAGGAUUACGCGCUACGGCCUGUAUUAUGUCCUCCUUUAAACGUAUUGUGGCACAUAUACCAGCUUUACCGAAUUCGACAACAUCGGAAAUUAUCUCUGGUGACAUAUGAUGCUUUCCGUAAGUACCAUGCGGAUAAAAGAAGUGUAUUUUACUAA